CUUUGUCCCACCUCGUCACUUCCACUUUCAUGCUCUCUCGACUCCCCUUCCAACACUCUCCAACUGCUCCACCAAAUGCAAAUCCUCCAAACGGCUCAUUUCUUCGCCUUCCCUAAAACCCUAAACCCUAAAACCACCAAACCCCACCACCCCCACCACCAUCAAUGUCCUCCUCUCCUCCCCACCAAAACCCCAAUCCCCUUCUCCAAGCCCACCCUCACCGCCAACUGCUUCAGGUCCGACGAGUUCCCCGUCGACGAGACCUUCCUCGAGAAAUUCGGCCCCAAAGACAAAGAAACCGAGGACGAAGCUCGAAACCGCAACUGGGUCGAGCGUGGCUGGGCUCCCUGGGAAGAGGUCCUCUCCCCAGAAGCCGAUUUUGCUCGCAAAAGCCUGAAUGAAGGUGAAGAAGUCCCUCUCCAAUCCCCCGAAGCCAUCGAAGCCUUCAAAAUGCUCAAACCCAGUUACCGCAAGAAGAAGAUGGAGCAAAUGGGUCUAACCGAGGACGAUUACUAUCGCAAACAGUUCGAGAUCAAGGGUGAGAUUCCGGAGCCUCUGCAGACUGUGUGGGCUGCGCCAAUGGUUGCGCAGCACGUGCCUCCGAGGGAUUGGCCACCGCGGGGCUGGGAGGUGGAUAGGAAGGAGCUGGAGUACAUAAGGGAAGCGCAUAAGAUGGUGGGUGUGAGGGUGACGUUGGAGGAGUUGGAGAAGGAGGUAAGGACGGAGACUGAGGACAUGUGUUUGGAUCGGUAUAGGGUGUUCUUGAAGCAGUACAAUGAGUGGGUUGCGGUGAAUAAGGAUAUCUUGGAGGAGGAGUCUUAUAAGUAUGAUCAAGAUUUCCAUCCUGGUAGGAGGAAAAGAGGAAAGGACUACAAAGAGGGAAUGUAUGAGCUUCCAUUCUAUUAUCCUGGACAAAUUUGUUUGGGGAAAGUGACUACUUUGCACCUUUAUCAAGGAGCAUUUGUUGACAUUGGAGGUGUUUAUGAUGGGUGGGUCCCUAUAAAAGGUAAUGAUUGGUAUUGGAUUCGCCAUCACAUAAAAGUUGGUAUGCAUGUCAUUGUUGAAAUUCUGGCAAAGCGAGAUCCUUACCGUUUUCGGUUUCCUAUUGAAAUGCGGUUUGUCCAUCCAAACAUAGAUCACCUGAUCUUUAACAGAUUUGACUUUCCGCCUAUAUUUCAUCGAGAUGAUACUAAUCCAGAUGAAUUACGGCGUGAUUGUGGAAGACCUCCAGUUCCUAGAAAAGAUCCAGGAGACAAGCCAGAAGAGGAACCUUUGUUGUCAAAUCACCCUUAUGUUGAUAAGUUGUGGCAGAUACAUGUUGCUGAGCAAAUGAUUUUGGAUGAUUUGGAGGCUAACCCUGAGAAAUACAAAGACAAAAAAUUAUCUGAGUUAACCGAUGAUGAGGACUUCGAUGAGGAAAACAAUGUUAUUUAUACCAAAGCUUACUAUAAGAAAAGUUUAAUACCAAAAGUGAUUCUGAAAACAAGUGUUAAAGAACUUGACUUGGAGGCUGCCUUUGCUGAGCGUGAGCUCCAUAACAAACUAAGAAUGGAAGCAAAAGAAAGAGGAGAGGAAUACAAAGUUACCAAGCUGAGGCGAAAUAUUGAAAUGGAUGAGUAUGACUUAGUUCAUUGGCGCCGAUCGUUCGAGGAAAGAGAAGCUUUGCUCAGAGAUAUCAGCUGUCGCAAAGCUCUUGGUAUGCCAUUGGAAGAGCCAGGAAGGUAUAAAGAAUCUAGUUUCUUCGGGAAGGAUCAAUUUGACCCUUCAAACCCUCUUUAUCGUUAUGACUACUGGGGAGAACCCAAGAACUCAGAGAAGAGCAAGCAAGAGCGGAUAAAAGAUGCCCACAACAAAUCCAUAGUGGGUAAGGGCGCCGAAUGGUAUGAAACGUCGUACGAAGAUUGCAUGGAGCAGAAGAUCCAAAGAGAAGCCCGUUCAAAGGAACUGCUACAAGAAGAUACUGAUGGUGAAGAUUCAAAGAGAGACCAUGACGAUGAAGACGAGGAUGAUGACGACGACUAUGACUUGGAUUUCAGCGUCCUUCGUGAAUAUGGUGCUAAUUCUUCAACCCAACCUCAUGUUAACGGGACUGAAUCUUCUAUAUUGCCAGAUGAGGAUAUGUUUGAGGAUUAAUUCAUGCUUUUCAAAAUCGACGGGAAACCCGCUUUUGGUCGUA